AUGCAGGUGUGGAUAGGGAUCUACUUCACCCGCUUCAGCGAAUGUUUCCCUGAUCCCAGGAAGAACAUCUGGACUGUACCGAACUGCCCAAUAUGUCAUAGUGRAUUUGUGGAAGAGAUGAAAAGAAAAUCCAUGCCGGCGCCCCUCCCCCUGAAUCCCCGCGGGCGGCACCGGCGCCUGGCGGUUACCGGCGCCGCCGAGAAGCCGCCGCUGCCGGUGGCGGCGGCGGGAGCCGGCGCGGUGGUAGCGGCAGCCGCCGUUGCGGGCGCGCCCGAGCCCGGCGUGCCCGCCGAGGAGGCCGUGGUGGUGUGGAGCCCCGAGGUGGAGGUUUGCCUCUUCCACGCCAUGCUGGGCCACAAGCCCGUGGGGGUGAAUCGCCACUUCCACAUGAUCUGCAUCCGCGAUAAAUUCAGCCAGAACAUCGGCCGGCAGAUUUCCUCCAAAGUCAUUUGGGACCACCUGAGCACCAUGUACGAUAUGCAGGCGCUUCAUGAAUCUGAGAUUCUCCCAUUUCCCAACAUAGAGAAAAAUUUUGUUCUUCCUGAUGAAAUGAUUCAAGAAGUGAGAGAAGGAAAAGUAAUGAUUGAAGAAGAAAUAAAAGAGGAAAUAAAAGAGGAGAUGGAGACUCACACAGGCCCAGAAGAAGUUUUUACACCUUCUGGAAAUUUAGGAAAAACAAGUGAAAAGCCCAGCAGCAAAGAGAAGGAGAAGACUUCGUCAGACCCYGGGUCCAAGGAGGGAUCUGAUAAGAGGAAGCGCAACAGAGUCACCGAAAAGGUCUUAAAUGCCAACAGUAACCCCUCCAGCCCGAGCGCUGCRAAACGACGCAGGACAUAGAGCCGUGACAGAGGAGAGCAUAAAACUGGAACACGGAGAAGGGACAUUGAAAACUGAAUAGCAAGGAAGACGAUACUUGAAUUUUCUAAGAGAGGAGAAGGUAUCUGAGCCAGGUAUUUGAAGAAUUUGCACAUUGGCUGUAUCCAUGCAAGAGGUCGCCCGUCUUCUCCAAUUUGUUARUUUGUCAGCAGUGAGUAGCUGAGUGAUAACUGCCUGCUCAGGGCGUUGAGGGAGGAUGCUGUCAGCUUUAAAAGUUCAGGAGGUGGCUGUGUCUCAAACCACUAACGUACUGUGUCAGCACAGCUCAUGAAACAGGUGCUCAGUUAAAGAAAGAGGCUCAGUUCGUGAAAAUCUUCGGGUUAUUUCUGUAAAUUUUGGAUCUUUUUUGUUGCCUUUGUUAUGUUGUCUACUUUGAAUAUWUCAGGCCCUCUGUGGUUAAUGUUGUUUGGCUGUUCUACUUAUUGCAGAUGUAGCAUUUGUAUCAAAUGUCUGGCUUUGUUCAGUAAAACUAACUCUUUUAAAUCCAGAUAACUAAUGAGUUGAAGUUUUCUUUCAUAUUGUUAUAGUUGUUAGAAGAUGAAGGAAACCUCUGCUACCUGGUCCUUAGUGGUGUAACUUUUUCUUUCCCGUUCUUUAUAAAUAUGUAUAGUUUAAGUGAAAAUGACAGAGCCUCUAGUCAGAAGAAUCAAUCAGUGUUCUAUAUAAAAUAGCCAGUCAUGUCAUGUGAUACUGAAAGGGAUCAGCUGAGUUGUGCACAAACCUAGAGAGGUUGUUUCAUCUAUCUGUACUAUAGUAAUGUAUAUAACAGUGGGGUUUGUACUUUAAACUUUUUUUAAAAGUGAUUUUAYUAAAUGUUAUUGCAAAAUUGCAAAAUAUUGAUCCUGAUCUACAACCUAAGUAUUCUGACGUAGUUUUAGUAAAAGAAUUUACUGGUGUAUUAUAAUGCUUAUUUUUAUAUGCUACAGUAUUAAUACAAAUUUGGUAGACGUUACUGUUUAUAGUUGCCAAAAGGUGCUUUGCACUUAACAAACACCUGUUAAACGGUGAAUGAAACAGACGGAAAUUAUAUUCAAUUUGUUUCACCAUAUUAACUAUCCAUUAAUAUGGCAAAACAAUAUUAGUUAUCAUUAAUAAAUAAAAAGAAUCACAGUAUUGCAUUCAGUACUGCAAUUAGAAGCUAGAAACCUGAAUUCUUUUUUUUUUUGUAAGUACAUAGCCAAGUUCCUGUUUUAUUCAUGUUUGUUGUUUUAUACCAAGAAUAGAUCUGACAUGUUCAUUUUACUAAAUAAUAGUUGUUAUGUAACUUAGAAAUUGGCUUGUAGUUUAUGGUAUUUAAGUACCUUGUACUUUUAGUGAAGCUCCUCAGAAUUGCUUAGCAGUUCUUUAGGAGCCUAAAUAUUUUUAUUUUGC